AUGGGCCAUCUUGUGACGGUCGCGACCUGCGCUCUAAAUCAAUGGGUGCUUGACUGGGAAGGGAAUCUUGGCCGGAUUAUCGAGAGCAUCCAUCAGGCAAAGGCAGCGGGUGCCCGCCUCCGAGUCGGUCCUGAACUGGAAAUCUGCGGAUACUCGAGUCUGGACCAUUUUCACGAGCUCGAUGUCUACACACACAGUCUGGAGAUGCUUCGCCGGCUUCUGCUGGACAAGAGCACCCAUGGCAUUCUUCUCGACAUUGGCCUGCCCAUCCUGCACCGGAACCUGAGAUACAACUGCCGCGUCAUCUGCCUUGAUGGGAAGAUCCUCUUGAUUAGGCCCAAAAUGUGGCUCGCCAACGACGGCAACUACCGAGAAAUGAGGCACUUCACCCCUUGGAUGCGCCCCAGAGAGACCGAGCUUUUCCAUCUGCCCAAGAUGCUGGCCGAAGUGCAGGGCGAGACGCACGUCCUGUUUGGAGACGCCGUUAUUUCCACCCCUGAGACUGCCUUUGGCGCGGAAACAUGCGAAGAGCUGUUCACUCCUAAGGCGCCGCAUAUUGACAUGGCCCUGGAUGGUGUCGAGAUCAUAACGAAUUCCAGCGGGAGCCACUUUACCUUGAGAAAACUGGACACCCGGCUCCAGUUAAUCACUGAGGCUACUCGGAAGUCGGGUGGUGUCUACCUCUACGCCAAUCAGCAAGGCUGCGACGGCGAGCGUCUAUACUUCGAUGGCUGCGCCAUGAUCAUAGGGCACUCUAACCGCGUUGCAGUCGCCCAAGGCUCUCAGUUCAGUCUCAACGACGUCGAGGUCGUCACCGCCACGGUCGACCUGGAGGAAGUGAGGGCGUACAGAGCAUCCAUCUCGCGCGGUCUUCAAGCCGCGACAUCGAAUGCCAAAUAUCAACGGAUACAAACCCCAUUCGAGCUCAGCUCUGAGGAUGACGAUGCCGACAUUGAGAAAAGGCCUACUCUGCCGAUUCAGCCCAGAUUCCACCCGGUCGAGGAGGAAAUCGCCCUUUGCGGCGGCUGUUACCUCUGGGAUUACCUUCGCAGAUCCGGUGCGGCGGGCUAUCUAGUGCCCCUGAGCGGCGGCAUCGACUCGUGCGCCACAGCAGUAAUCGUCUAUUCGAUGUGCCGCAUUGUCAUGCAGGCCGUCGAGGCAGGAAACGCCCAAGUGAUCGACGACGUCAAGCGUAUCGCCAAAUACGGUGAAGAAGGGGCUCUUCCGAAAACGCCGCAAGAGCUCUGUAACCAGGUCUUCACGACCCUGUACAUGGGCAUGAAGAAGCAAAGCUCGCGCGAGACGCGCCAGCGCGCCCGCGACCUCUCAGACGCUAUCGGCAGCUACCAUGUGAACCUAGACAUCGACGACGUGUACGAGGCGCAGAAAAAGCUGGUGGUGGCCACGACGGGCUUCGAUCCCAAGUUCAAGGUUGAAGGCGGGACCGUGCAGGAGAAUCUCACGUUGCAGUGUUUGCAGGCAAGGAUAAGGAUGGUGACGGCCUAUGAGUUUGGCCAGAUACUCCCGACAGCUCGCAACAGACCUGGGGGCGGAAGCUUAUUAGUACUGGGUAGUGCCAAUGUUGGCGAGGUAAAGUGUCUGCGUGGCUACUUGACCAAGUAUGACUGCUCGAGCGCGGAUAUCAAUCCCAUCGGCUCUAUUGACAAGGACGACCUGAAGCGAUUCAUCAGGUGGGCCGAGAAGAACUUUGACUUGCCUUGUCUUCACGGGUUCUUGACCGCCGUUCCUACCGCUGAGCUGGAGCCAAUCACUCAAGAUUAUGUUCAGAGUGACGAAGCAGUGUCGCUUGAUGCUAACUUGUUACACAAGGGCAUGACGUACCAGGAGCUGACCAUAUUUGGUCGGCUGCGCAAGCUCAACAAGCUUGGUCCGUUUGCCAUGUUCCAGCGGCUGGUGCAUGACUGGAGCAUCGACCGUGAGCGUACAGCGGAUGACGAUGCGCCCUAUUACACGCCGGCACAGGUUGCCGAGAAAGUCAAGCGGUUCUUCCACUACUACGCCAUUAACCGGCACAAAAUGACAACUUUGACACCGGCUCUGCACUGCAAUGACUACUCGCCGGACGACAACCGUUUUGACCUCCGACCGUUUCUGUACCCGCCCUUCUGGAAGAGCUGGAGCUUCAAGAGGAUCGACAUGGAGCUUGAGAGGAUUGAGAAGAAGCGGGCGGGCAAGCAGACGGUAGACCGCUGA